UGAACGCUUCAAACUGCUCGGCGAGCCGCGCCGCUUUCUGGCGGCGUUUCUUCUCUGCUUUGUUCGCCAUUUUGAAGUCUUGAUGUGUGUGCGCGCGACAAAAUCUGUAAUGGCGUUAAGCAGCAAGGACUUGUGGGGUGUGCUGCGCGGCAGCUGCAACGAACCUUUUUGCGACUGUCGGCGCAACAUCGUUGUCUGUUCGUCGGACGACUCAGCAGAGAACUCCAGCCGUUGCGACUAUUGCAACCACUGUCCAGGUGCCCAUGGCAGAAUUACGGACUUGGAGAGCAAAAUACUGGAAUGGCCGAAGUACCCCAACAGGGCCCACAGCCAGGUUGCCCGAAAGCUCUGCAUCGAAGUCGAACUCAAGUUUAAAUGCAAGAUUGGUGACCUGGAGGAAAAAUUACAAGGCAAUAGCAGAAGCGUUCUCAUGCAAAGAGCAACUUGUGUGCACAUUCAUCGACAUUUGCAAGCAUCAAAUCACGCACUCAUUAACGAGAUCCUUGCAGUGGCGACGCUCAGUUAUGCUGAAGUCUUCACCUGGGCCCAACUCUCCCCUGAACCUGCAGCUCCGCCCCUCAAUUACUCCGACGUGGUCCCUAGUCCCUGA